GCAAGCGAGAACGAUGCCAUUGCCGGCGAACGGGAAUCAUAUAUUAAUUCCAAGACGCGUGUUGCAGUCUUGAUGAAGACCAAAGGCGUCCCGUCCCCUCUUCAGAGGACAUCGGCUCCCCCUCGGUCUGGAGAUUGCUCUCUGCAGGUCACCAGUCUAGCAUGGAGGCGAUGGGCAUGGAUGACCGCCGCGGGCCUUGGAGGCAUUGUACCACCAGCAGCAGCAGCAGCAGCACCUCAGGUACGGUCUCAUCUGGCUACACGUCCACCAGCUCUCGGCUAUCUUGGUUGUCUAUGGAAGCGGCCAGGCAGAUCCAAGAAAUGGAGAUGAUGGAUCUUGAGUUUGUUCAGUCCCCAAAAGAUUUGGCGAGAGAGAAGAAGAUGAAGAAGAUUAAAAUCCUUGCCAAGGAAUUCUUUGGUGCGCCGUCGACAAAAUGCAGCGCCGAAGGAGGCGACCUGAUUGUCCUGGAGAGGUGGUUCACGGAGAUGGGCGUCGGGUGGGUUCUCCACAUCUCUGAUGGUGCACUUGCAGGGGAACUCAAUGAUCUUGCAUCCAGCUGGUUCCUGGCCAUCAUCGAAAUUGUAGAUAUCUUCUGCCUCACGUCGGGGCUCCGUCCCGGCCACGGCGCAGUGGAAAAUAUGGCGGAACGAUUACAGCUUGCAAGCUUUACCCAGCAAGCCAUAUUGAAGAUGCUCACUUUUCUUGACUUCAUUGUUGCUCCAAAUUUUACUCGUGUCCCGGCACCAUACGCUAGGCUCCACACCCUGCUCCGUGUACGUGAGGCUCUGUCCAAGACCUUUUAUAAGAUCCAGUUGACAUUCGAUUCAUCAUCCUCUUCAGAAGUUGCAACGAUAAUUCGCGAGUUAGUCGACGUCGUAUCAGCAAAGGAGGGCAAGGUGGGAGAGAUCAUAUGGAGCACACUGAAGGAGAUUAGGACUCGGAUCAUGGAAUCACUGGAGCACGGCCAAGGCUCAUCCGGUACUCAAACUCCACAAGGAUCAUCUGACAUUGACGAUGCCACCAGGUCCGUUACGAUGUACGUAAUGUUCCUGACGGAUCAUUACUCGUUAAUUGAGCCAAUUGUCUCCGAAGCUUCUAGCCUUGGUACGUAUGUUUCUCAGUUUGGAGCCACAGAACGUACAAACCUGACCGUGGAGAUGUUGUCUUGUCUUGAAGAAAAGCUUGCCAACAAGUCGGAAGCAUUUCCAGACCCGGGCCUUAGGUUUUUAUUCUUGCUCAACAACUCAUCUUUCAUAGCGGAGCAACUCCACUGCACUCCUGAUUUUCCCAAGUCCAUCAAGAUAGACCUAGUUGGCAAAGUCAAAGGCUACAUGGAGAGGUAUAUACAAGUAUCAUGGGCACCAGUGUUGUCAUGCUUAAUCAAUCCUACACCUAGUUGCUUCGGGAAAAACUACUCCCCCCUGUCUAAGUUCGAGUCUGAAUUUCAGAAGACGUACACUACCCAGAAGCUAUGGAAGGUCCCCAAUCCUUGUCUGAGGAAUAGGCUGCGCAGAGCUAUCAUAGAUAAAGUCAUUCCAUGCUACACGAGGUACCUAGAGGAUGACUACGGAAAUGCCCCUCUAAAAUUUAGUCCCUCGAACUUGCAAGAGAUGUUGCAAGAGCUAUUCGAAGGCUGAUGAAUUCGCGAACAAACAAAAAACAAACACUAUUUGAAGGCUUGACGAGAGCGCCACACCAGACAAGUUUACGUAGGUACAUCUAUUUGUGUUUCCUUCUGUGUAGAUUUUGGGAUGGAAUGUUAACAUUGUUGCUUCUCAAACUGAGUGAAGCAGCUAAAAACGCUGAAGCAUUAGAAAACUUCUUGUGGCCAUUUGUAUUUUGUUUAUCGUUACCGAUAAAUAGGGACUAGCACAUAGCUGU